AUGGCGGUAGUCGUGAUUGCGAAACGGUACGUUAUUGUGAUCAGCUGAUCAACUAGACUCGAAGGAAAGGGUUAAAUCGAAAAAAAGAAUACGUGAUAAAUCAUAAGAUAAAGGUUCGAGAGAGAAACGACAUAUUAUAGUUGUUCGAGAUAAUUAAGAAAGAAAAAAAAAGAUGAUAAUUGCAUUUUCGGCGAUGUCAUUGUAUUUGUGAUUCGCUCUGUCUGUAGGGCACCGGUGCUCUUUUGUGUUGUGUAUAUAGUGCAUUUUUGCGGGUGUGUUGUGUGCACGUAUGCGUGGAAUUCGCGAAAAGCGUUAGAUAAAUGUGUCUUAACCAUGCCUGCUGUGCGGAAGUAUAGAAGGGAUACCAGUGAAGUGAGCUGCUGUCUCAAGUAUGUGAUCUUUGGAUUUAACGUUAUGUUUUGGUGGCUGGGUUUGGGUAUUAUGGCUGUAGGUGUAUGGGCAUGGACCGAAAAAGACACAUUCAACAAUUUGUCUAGGCUCACGAAUGUAGCACUCGAUCCAGCAUUUAUCCUCAUUCUAGUCGGCACAGUGACAUUUAUAAUUGGAUUUACGGGAUGUGUCGGUGCACUCAGGGAAAAUACGUGCCUCCUAGCUACGUAUGCGAUAUUUCUGGCGUUACUAUUGUUAAUGGAGAUGGCAGCUGGUAUAUUAGGCUUUAUCUUUAAAGACUGGAUAAAGUCACAAGCGACUGGUGGAUUCCAAGCUUUUAUCAUUCAUUAUAGAGAAGAUCCUGAUCAACAGAAUCUCAUCGAUUGGAUUCAAGAGGAUUGGUUACAGUGUUGCGGCAUCGAGGGCCCUAAAGACUGGGAUCGCAACAAUUACUUCAAUUGUUCAUCGAGCGACAUCGGCUCGAGAGAAGCGUGCGGCGUGCCUUUUAGCUGUUGUAAACGAAAACCAAAUGAGAUUAUCAAAAAUAAACAAUGCGGCUACGAUGUUAGGAAACCUAGCUACAACUUUGAAGUUGCCAAAGUGAUUUAUGAAAAAGGUUGUAUUCAAGCUGGGGAGGAAUGGGUCGAACGAAAUCUUCUUGCGAUUGUAACUGGGGCGGUUGCCACGGCCUUUGCGCAGAUUUUGGGGAUCUGUUUCGCUCAAAAUCUCCGAGCAGACAUAUUCGCUCAGAAGGCAAAGUGGCAUUGACAAUUCAGAGCCCCCACGGCAGUCUAGCAUCUUAUCCUAAUAGAUGCUAAUCAAUUGCGUUGAUCGAUUUGGGAUAAUCGUCCAAGUUCUCGAUAAAUAGGAGACCUUUGACGUGAGAAUCGACACCAUUCCACGCGACACCAGGAUUCAGAAGAAGAUCACGAAGAACGAAGUCUGAACGAAGUCGACACGAAACAUUUCUUUCAUCCGCCGGUUGUUAAAAAAGAAAAGAAAAAUAUCGAAGAUUUUCCGCACUUUUAUCUUCGUCGUUUCCCAUAAAUUAUUCGGAAAUAAGAUAUUUCGAAAUUUGAUCGCACACGUGGUGAUCCGUUUUCAUUUUGUAAAUUAGGUAUAAGCGUUAAUGACGAAGCUGCGAAUUAUGUUUAAGCGAGUGUAUACGGUUUCACAAUUUUAUUGAUAAUUACGAUGAAUUAUCGUUAUUAUGUUGUCGAGAGACAAUGUGUAUCGAACUGAUACAGCUGUUUCGUUUAUUUUAUGACGACGACACAAUAUAGCGUAAUACUUGUUGCAUAUUCUGUAUUUUUGUCGUAAAAGUAGCGAGAGAAAAUGAUUUGGUUUUCGUUUCGUUGUCGCAAUGAAAACGAUAAUUUCUGAUAAGUUGAAUAAUUUCAUCAUUUUUCUAUAAUUAAGUAUAUAAAAUGAUAAAAUAACACUCUGUGUUCAGGUAUAAAGAUAAUUUUAUAACAUAAUGUUAUGAAAUUGUGAUUUGUGAUCAUAUCGUUAAAUCAUUUAUCAAAUAUUAUAAUGGCAAAUGAUAAGGAAAAAGGAGAAAAUUAAAAGAAAAUUACUUUGAAGGAACAAAUUGAUUUUAAAAUAAUAUUUUCGAUAGUUAUAAUAUAACACGUGGACAGUAAGCAUAUCUUACGACGAAAAUUAAUUAAAAUAAUUAAUUAUUUCAUUCGACAAACGAAACAAAGAAAGACACGUGUACAAAAACAAUUAUAACGCGAAUGUGUUUAUAUAUAUAUAUUCGUGCGACACCUAUGGAUAAUUCUAUAAUUCAAAAUACACGAAAAUCGACAUAUACAAAAAUUUCGAUUGAGACUCGUUCAAAAUUUUGAGUAUUACAAAUACACAAAUAUGAGAAUACUUGAGAUUUAAAGAACCAAAUUAUCGAAUACUCAUUCGAUUGUUCUAAUUCACGUUCAUGUUCGACAAAAUUCAUUUCAAAAUACAUAGGAUACUUUCAAGAAUUUAAUCCGAUCCGAUAUUUUCAAGUUCUUGAACAUCUUUAAUAAGUAAUUCAAUGCUUAUUUAGAUUCUCGAAUCUCGAUAUUUAUAUGUCACAGGAUACUUUUGAGACAUUUUCAAGUUCUCACACACGCCUCUAGCGAGUAUUCGACGAAGCUCGUCUCGAAACACGACGUGAAUUCUUUUAAUCAAUACAUUUGUAUAUCACAACAUAUUUUCAAAAAAAAAAAAAAAAUUUCCAAAAAUAUUUUCAAAUUCUCGUACAUCUUUAUAUUUAUAUUAUUAUCUAGAAUCAAUCCUUCAAAGGUAUCUCACGAAUAUAUCAACAUUACGUACACAUUCGAAUAUCGAUGCGCAAAGACGUGAUCGAUCUCAAAAGAUUGUCGUUUUGUUCUGAGGAAAAAUGCCGAUGAGUUCAGAUAAGCGAAAGAACGAAGAGUCAAUUGAUCAAUGGAGAGAGAACGAAGAAAACGGAAUGUUCCUUGCUCGGUUUACGUCGUACAAUGGUGUCGAGGUAUUAAAGUCGAUUGACGCGAUGUCGUGGGGGCGCGGUGAACACGGCCGACUUCACCGCACAUUAAAGUCUCGUGAUACGAGGGGUAAAGCCAUACAAUACGCGAGUGUACACAAUAACUUUCCAACUUGCUCCAAUUGGUCGUUAAAAUGGUUGCUCGAGCAUAUUGAUCCCGCGUUACACGCCGACACGUUCCCUCUGUCGAUAGGUUAGGUGCCUGUUGUAUCGUAUCUCGUCACGGUUCAACCCGGUUCAGCACCGAUCGAUCGGGAACGAAAGCUGGGUGCUAGUUGCUCGAUUCGAGUUCGAAAAUACUGGAUUUUUCCGAACGUUGUUACCAACGUUCCGAUUUGUUCGUUAAUCGUCGACGUUGCAUUUAAUAAAUGCGUGGCUGUGUGUAUAGAUUGGGAUAGAAUUGCUGGAAACGGUGGAUCUCGAUAAUCAGAUGAUUAUAUCGCAUGGUUGUACGAUAGCGACUUGAUAAUGAUGAAAAAAAACAGUAUAUGGGUAUUAAUUAUUGAAACAUUUCGCAAGUAAUAAUUUUAAUUGUUUGAAGUCACUUCCGAUGUGAAUGAAAUAAAUUGAAAUGAGAAUAAUGGAAACAGAGUUGAAUAAACUAGAAAAAUAAUUAUAAGCGCGAAGGAUUAAAGAUUAUUUAUACUUUUGAAACAGAAUUAAUUUACGAUGAUUAUAAAAUUGCAAAGAAUUCUUUUUUAUUAUGAAAGAUUAAUCGAUAAUAUCAGACUGAACUAUCAUAUUCUCCCAGAGUAAUGCGGACAAAAAAUUUAGAAUCAAACAAAUUUUUUUUAUUCAAGAGAAAUUAAUCUCAAUUAAAAGAAAUUAUCCUGGAAAUUAUCCUGCGAAUAGUAAUUAUUCAAUUAAAAAUACACAUAAGUAAUUUUUAUCAAAAUUAUGCUUUUAAAAUGAUAUUACUUGCGAGAUGAUUUAAUAAUUUCAAUUAAGUAUAAAUGUUAAUUAAUGAAACUUGUCUCAAGGCACGUAAUAAUAUCGAGAUAAUGAAAUUACUUGAUAUUAAGUUAUAACCUUUACUCUUUUUAUAUACACUACGUACAUUAUGUGCUUCCAUCGAGACGCGUCUUGCCAAGGUCUAAUGUUAUUAGCCGCGGCUCAUGCCUCGAGACAAGUCUCACGGAUCAUUUUACAAUGUAUUGAUUCAAAUUGAUGAUUUUAACUGAUUAUUAAAAAUUAAACGAUUGUAUUUUUUUAUAUUUUAUUUCUUUUUCGCAUUUCAAACGAUUGUAUUCCACUCUGUACGCAACUUUCCUCGAUCGUUUAACAAACAGAGAAAAUGUCAGUAUAUCUCGAAAAAUAACGAGCACAACUGGUGACUAAUAGUAUUAUAUACAUAUAUUCGCCGAUUCAAUUUUUUUUUUUUAUUUUAUCCUUCGAAAUUCUUACUCUGUUGAUUUUUUUCCUCUUGAUUCGAAUCAAUCAAACUCGUGUAAUCUUUUUUCUUGCGAAAUUUAUUUUAUAUAUAAUUACCUAUAUAUAUCUCCUCUCUCUCUCUCUCUCUUUUUCUCCUUUAGUUUAUUAAACAGCGCAAAUACGCUUAAUCAAUACACAUUUGCUUUUUGGAUGGAAAAAAAAUGAAAUUGGAUUAUUAAUUAUAAAAUAAGAAUGCCAUGCUUCUUGUAAAUAUUCAACCCAUACAUUUGUACAUAUAUCCGUACGAACGUACCAAACGGAGUCUUCAUACUUUUUUGCGUUCCUAAUCCGUAUGCGAAUGGAUAAAAAAAAGAAAGAAUGAAGGAAAGAUAUAAAACUUUCUAUAAGUAAAUGAAAAAAGAGAAAUAGAUGUUAAGACGAGAGAAUUUUUGAUCGUAUAAUUUUAAAAGUUUCAUAUCUAUGUUAAAAAUAUAGAAUUUCUUUAAAAUUUUAGUAACCUUUUUAUAUAAUAAAUACAUUAUCAUUUUAAUUUUACACACGUGUUAAAAUGUAACAAGCAAUAAGUUAUAUUUUAAAAAGAAACCAUUUGUUCAAUUCAAUCAUUCCAAGAAAAUAUAUAAUAAUUUACAGGUAUUAUAAAAUCAAUGUAAUUAAUUAAUGCAAAAAAUAAUAUUUUAUAUUGCGCAUAAAUAAUGCUUCAUAAGGCAUAUACAUAUAGAUAUAUACAUAUAUAUAUAUUUCAAAACAUUAAUGUUAAUAAUGAAAGAGAGCACGAAUACAAAAUAGCGAGAAUGACAAUCAUAUUGAAAAUGCAAAAGCAAAAUUAUAUAAUUUACAAUAUUUUGCAACAAUUGCAUUAAUUGCGUACAUACUUUUAACCAAUUUUAACCACUUGCACGAAACAUUGUGCAUCUCGCAUUGUGAUUAAACUUAAUUAAUUUCAUUCAAAGAGAAAUUCAUUCUAAUUCUAGUCCGUCCGUUUGGUACAUCAAUUUCGGAUAUAAAUUCAACGUUUUAAUUAAUUAAUGGGACGCGUCGGCAAGACACGUUGGUCCAAUCUCUCUCUGUAAAAUCUCAAAAUUACAUUCUAUUUUGACGGAAAUUACAUUUCAGAAAAGUGAUAAAUAUCGAUCAAAUAAAUCAGUCACGAAAUAUCUGAAUAUUUCAAGACCAAAUUUAUCAAGAACAAAUUUCAUUUUUAUUCACAAAGGGAUGUUAAGCAAUUCAACAAUUCAGAAAAAUUGGAAACUUUACACGAUGGGAAAAUUUAUUAAUUUUUGGAGGAAUAGUUUCGACCCAUGAAACCCAUGAAAUGAAAUCCAUUUCUAAUUCGAGACGAAAUUUUCUUAUUAAUUUGUAUUUAUUAUGUGAAAAAUUGUUAUGUUUUUUUUCUGAAUUUUUGACUUGCUAAAUUUUUCCUUUAUCAAUUUAGCAAAAAAACAACAAUUACAUGAAAGUAUCGAGUCCAAACUAGUGAUAGCAUAUAAACAUAUGAAGCGGCUGGCCCGCAUACGUGAAAAUGUUUUCAGUUUCGAUGAAAAUACUCUUUUAUAAAGUGGAAUAUCAAGAGGUGUACGUUCAAUCUUGAUUUUCUUGUUCUUUCCUCAAAUAAUUUUUAUACGAAUAUACAUAUGUACAUAUACAUUAAGAUGGUUCUUACAAUACGGUAUAAAUGAAGAUUUGUAUGGAAAAUUUUUUUUCUUUCAAAACUUGUACGAUUGUUGUAACCUGUGAAUAAAUAAUAUCUGAAUAUUAUUCAUGAUCGAUUGGAUAAUGAUAAAAUGUGUUCCAAAAACGUGAUAUUUUAAACAUAAAUUUAAAAUAUCGAUAUUUUGAUAUUUUUGUUGCUCGUACUGUGUAUGGAUAAGAAAUUUUAACUGUUUUACAGGUUUUAACAUUUUCUUAAGGCUAUAAUUUUUCAGCCUAAAUUGUUCAGCCCUAAAUUAAA